AUGGAGAAAGGUACAAAGCUAACAAGACCAAGCCUUGAUAAAAGUAAAGACGUGGUAGAACUAGGUUCAAAGAACAUGCUGGAAGAGCAGAGUAAGAAUGAAUGCCUUCCUGAAUGGUUUCAUGGACUCAUGUCAAGGAGGUAAGUGAAUACGUUCAAUGAAUUGUAAAGAUUGUUUAUGGUGAGAGAUAGCCAUGAACAUCCAAAAAUCAAAUAAUAUCAUCCUCAAGAAGAAACUGAAGCCACUCUGGGACAAAAAAACUAAAUGAUGAGUAUUUUUUUCUUCUCGGCAAUCACUUGAGCUUCCUUUCAGAAUUAUAACCUAAAAAGUCAUGUCAGAAGAAGAUGAUCCAUCUAGGGUUUUUCACUAAACUACGAAUUCUCCAGUAGACCAAAUUAUUAGUAAAGAAAAAACAACCCACGAACAUGGCUAUUUCUUUUUUUUAUUUUAUAUGUGGAUAUUUUGACCUAAAAUGAGCAAUACCCUAGUCAAUUCUCUCCAGUUCCCAGUUUAGUAAAUAAUGUUGAUUGUGUUUAUAUAGAUCACUGGGUAUGAGCACUAUACUAAUAAUCUCUACAGAAUUAAUAACGUAGAUAUUUAAGAUAUUCUCUGAAGAUCUAAAAGAUUAAAUGAUUCUCCGCAGCACAGUACAUAACAAUAAUUAAGUACUUUUAUACUGCAAUGCACAGUAUAAUUGUUGUAAAUAAUAAAAUCCACUAAAAAGUAUAAUGAUCAUCGAGAAUCUAAUAGAAUUUAAAUACAGCUUUAGGGCCUGUAAUUUCACACUCCAGCAAGUACUGCUCGUAUUAGCGGAAUAUAGACACACAUCUGACGGUGGUUAUUGAAUAGCCGUUGCUCCUGACACAGAGUGUUCAUUUAGUAUAACUAUGCAUAGUAUUGAUUCUUGUCAUCUUAUUGUAUUGGAAUGUAAAACCUUGCGAUUGAGAUUUUAAUUCCCUUUCUCUUACAGAACCGUCUCUCUCUUUUUUUAAUGUUUAUUUUAUUUUUUUAUUAUUGCAUUUAUUGUGAUAGACAGGCUAGAGAGGACGAAUGUCGUUAUUUAGAAAGAGUCUUAACCUCUUAUUGGUAAAGAUAGUGUUUUUUGUUUGUAAAAAAUAUAUGAAUUAUUUUCCUAUAUAUUGAAUUAAAAUAAAGGUAAAUAUACUCUGUAUUUUCUCUUUAAAAUGUACAGCUACUUUAUUUUACGUAGUAGCUCAUCUGAACAAGCAUAUAUAACUAGCAUGAGACUGACCAUAACACAAGGUAUAUAUAAUGGGUGGAGGGAGUGAUUUUGGACUUGUCCUGUUGUUUUAUCUCUGUUACAUUGUUACAUUGCUAAUGAUAUCACAAAAUAGUUCCAAAAGAGAUUUUAUUACCACUGCUUACUGCACAGAACAACGUGCGUGAAACAAGUGUACCAAUUGAGUAGUUAAAUAAAAGAAACAUUAUAUAAAAUACAUAAAGGGUAAUUAGACAACAACCAUACAAAACAACCUUUGAGCCUUUGAAAGGAAGGUAAAACAUAUGUCAUACCAAAGGUUGAUUUAAUCAUAUAUUAUAGUCAUAACAUGCUUACGUUGCCACUGUAUAGAAACUCAAGUUUGGGAGAUACAAACCUAAUUUUUCUCUGUAUUGUCUCAAUUUUAUAUUCUUGGAUAGGCUUUUCAAAUGAUUUCACAUUUUUGAAUAAACUUUUAAAAUGAUUCAAUAUUUUGUAAAAUAUUAAAAAAUUUAUAAUUUUUAUAUAUUUAUAUUUUUUAUAUAUAUGAUAUUUUUUUGAUAUUUCAAUAUUUUUUACAAAAUCAUUUGAAAAUACCUUCUAUUAAAAGUCAGAGUCCAUCACAUUUCAAUUACAGAUCGGAUUAAUAAUAGGGGCAUAAUGGAAGUGUGAAUUGCAGUAAAUGCAGGUAAUGUACUUUGAUGAUUGCUUAUCAUAUUAUUUAUUUUCUAUAUUUUUAAAGGGAUGCUGAAGAUAUUCUGAAAAACCAGGAGCUGGGCAAGUUUUUAGUCAGAUUAAGUCAAAGGACAUUUGGCUACAUAUUGUCAUAUAAGUAAGUUUACUGCGAUAGAAAUUUAUUUUUUACUUAUAUGAACAGAAGUCCAAUUAUAUUUCAUUCCCAAAAUAUUGUGUGAUCCUGAGAUAUUUUUCUCCACUUUCCAAUAUGUAGAGAGUUGUGUUGUGUUUCUAACCAAUUGGGUUAUUCACAAAAGUGAGAAAUCAAAGUGAAUUUCAAAUUUAAGGUCAAAGUUCCUAAAAUGGAAAACAUUAUUACUAUUAUUAUUUUAUUAUUUAUAUAGCGCCAGCAAAUUCCUCAGCAUACUAACACAGUGUUCCCCAACUCAGUUCUCAUGGCCCACCAACAGUCUAGGUUUUGUCAGUAUCUCCAUUGGAAUAAAACAGGGAAAUGCAUAAAUACGGAAUUGUUGGUGGACCACAAGGAAAUAACUCUGCAAAUAUAAAAAAUUAGGCAAAAAUAAAUAAUAAUUUACAGCUCUGCUGUUCUACCCUAAAUGUAAAUGUCAGAUUGCAACUCACUACAACUCAUCAACUCACUGCUUAGUAAACAGACUCUUAAAUAUGUUUAUGAUUUUGUUAGACAUCACUACUGUGGCGGAACCAGCCUCGCCACUGGUCAUUGGAGAAGACUGAUUGCCAGCCUCCUGCCAAGUAACUAUGGCCCCUGGGAUGUAUUGCCUGCUCUCCUGUACUGCUGAGAAUUGCUACCAACUAGGUGGAUUUGGCUAUGGAGCUUGUGUAGUGCCCUCUGUUGGUAGCAACAGUAAUAUGCACUACUUGAAUAGCAAGACUGGUAAUUUGCAUAUUCGGGUAGAUUUGCAUAUCGCUAAUUCUUCAUGCAGGAGUGACAUUUUGUGUUAAUUAUGGCCUUCCCCACCCAUUUAUAAAUAUGUAAUUAUGUUAUAAUAAGUCAUUGUAUGUUGCCUGCUAUGAUUUGACUGUUUGUAAUUUAAUUGAGUUUUCACAGCAAUGUUAAUGUAAUGACCAUCUGGGCUACUCCCAAGUAAAACAAAUUUUUAAACAGUUCUACUUCAUCCUCAGUUUGGAGUGCCAACUCUUAUUGGGGGAAUCUGCUUCAAAGGAUUGUUAUGCUUGUCUUACUCUCUUGCUAAAUCACUACUAAGCUCUUGUAAGAGCUUGUUCCUGCUUUCCUCUCUGGAGGAGUUUACCGUGGUUAUUAUUUUGGCUGGAGUGCUUGGAGCUUUCAGGAAGUGCUAGGAGCAUCCUUCAACGGAGGUACCCAGUUAGGGUACCUGUCGAUCCGUUACAUUCACUAUGUUCUAUGACACAUUAUUAAGGACAUUAUUGAUACAUGUAUAUUUACGACAUCAGGAUAGCUUAAACAUAUUUACCUGGCUGUAUGGAAAUUCUCCUCCAACUGACAGUAACAUUCAAACACAUGAAGAAUGAUUUCGCUGUGCUAGGCUGAGUUUAAACAUACCUACUCUUAUUAUUUUUUAUUCUUUCUAUCUUUCUUACUGCUGACGAUUGUUCCAAUUAUAGAUCAUAGCGUUAUAUUAUUAUUAUUAUUUUAUUAUUUAUAUAACGCCAUCACAUUCUGUAGUGCUGUACAUUGGGUGGACUGACAGACAUGUAAUUUUAACCAGACAAUUGGACAUAAAGGAACAGAGAGGUGGAGGGCCCUGCUCAAUGAGCUUACAUUCUAGAGGGAGUGCAGUAUAGUGACACAAAGGGUAAAAGUAGGGGUACGAAAUAGGUUGUUAGAAAAGUAUUCAUUGAGGCCUUCGUAGGUAAUUUUUGACAGUUGCAGGAGAGGAGUCAUGGGGGGUGGGGGAUAAAAACCUGCUAACAGUUUAACUGAUAUGCUUUCUUGAAAAAGUGAGUUUUCAAUGAUUUUUUGAAUGAGUGGAGACUGGGUGAAAGUCUUACGGAGAAGGGAAGAACGUUCCACAGAAGAGGUGCAGCCCUGGAGAAGUCUUGGAGGCGAGCAUCAGAUGUGGGAGUACGGACAGAGGAUAGAGGUAGGUCUUUGGCAGAGCGCAGGGGCCUCAACGGGACAUACUUGUGUAUUAGGGGGGAUAGGUUGGUUGGAGCAGCAUUAUGUAGGGACUUGUAAGCAAGCACCAGAAUUUUAAAUUGAGCCCUAUAUUUAACUGGAAGCCAGUGCAGGGACUGACAGAGCGGGGAGGUGUGGGAGGUGCGAGCAGACGGGAAAAUGAUCCUCGCCGCUGCAUUCAUUAUAGAUUGCAGGGGUGCAAUCUGGGAACAUAUAAGACCACUGAGAAGGGUAUUGCAGAAGUCAAGGCAGUGACAUUCAUUAUAAGGCUUAACCAUUUGAGAGAUAAGUAUACACAUGUUUUUAUUUUCUCUGUUACAUUUCAAUGUAUAAUGCUAUUAUUGCUAAUAAUAUUGUUAUUACUGGUCUAGUGACAUUUACACAGCAAGAACUAUUUGCACAAAUGUUGAAGCCGUACUUCCCAUUCCCUCCCCACUACAUAUAUAGAUGUAUAUGUAAAUGUAUCAGUCUUUGUUUUGUAUGCAAAGCAAUGCAACAAGAACGUUAAACAAGAAUGCAACAAGAAUGGUGACAUUGUUGCCUGAGGUUCAGUGGUCCAAGAGUGCAUCCGUAUGCCAUUUCCUUUCUUUAGCUUCUGAUCCUUCAUCCACCGGAAGCCCACAUCAGUGCUAUACUCUCGUAGAGAAACCUUCAAAGCUACUUCAUUAAGCCAAAAAUGUCUUGGUACCUAUAGCGUCCCUUUAAGGAAAAAAACCUCAAAAUGAUAAAGAUCAUUACAAAGACUAUUUGUCAAAACAAUAAAGCUCCAUUUUAACCCUAUCACAUUCAGCAGCUCAAAGGGUUUAAAAAAAUCACUGAAAAGGCUUUUCAAUCUAUUAAAAAUAAGCUGAAAAUGAGCAAAAUGUUUUUACCACAAAAUGUUUGGAAGCAAUGUAACUAAACACAAUUUAUUGAAUUAAUCAAAUAAAGGAACAGUAUAGUCCCUCAAAACAUAUUUUUGCCAAAUAGUUUUAGCUGUCUUUUAAAUUUCAGGGGCUCCUUAUUAGUAAAUAAAUAAAUCAAAUAAAAAUAACUCAUUACUCAUCAAUAAUCCAGAACCGAGACAGCCUCUACUCUGCAGUCUGACCCAACUCCACACUUGUUAUUACGCUUCAAGACCAUUAUGUCCAGUCAAAUGCUUCUUAGUACAAUGAAGUCAUGCUCACAACAGAAAAGCUAGCAUUGUAGUGAGAGAACGUUCAAUGUCUUCAUAGAAUAAGCGAGGAAGAUGAAUAUUUAAAACUUAGUGAGAAAGUAUAAGAUAACUUAUCUCCUGAGUGGGGGUUAACCCUGAGUGAAAGGCAUUCACUAAAAAUGGACAACAGUAGACCAAAAUUCAGGAUAAAUAGGAGUAUAAUGUAGUAUCUUAAGGAGUGAAAGCCCUACAUGGGCUGGGGCCAGGGUAUGGAAAAGAAAGAGAACAGAAAUUUAAACGGUGGAAAUCCAACGCAAAAGUGUGAGUGUUAAAACUUAACUUUUCAUAGAUAUAUAGAAUAAAAAAAUUGGGUAGAAAUAACCACCUAACAGCCCAAAUCUAUGUAUACUAUAAAUAGAUAAAAACAACUAUCAGAGACCACAAUAAGGCUAAUGUAACUCUGGGGUGGAAAAGAUUAUCACCUAAACGGUGUGUCGUAGGUGAAGUAAGACACACUCCAAGAUAAAGAUCGAUACCUACUCUAUCAAAAGAUCUAACAAUGAUAUACAAAUGUGAUGGGUGUCUGAAGUAAAAGGGGAGAGGGGUCCUCCACCAUAUGGACAAAAGGUCCUGCCAAUAUAAUAUGUAUAGGCUGGUUGGACCGAUGUCCUAAGGGGUGAAACCAGCUGUAGAAUCAGCUAAGUAGUAAAUCCUAAAAAAGCACAAGGCUAGGGAAAAUACCCUGUAUCAAACUGUGCCUUUGAGGGCAUCCCUUAACCAAAAUACCUACUUAGCCCGCUACUAUAUGGGAAUAUUCCACCCCCCUCAAAAAUUAAAAAGAAGCUAGAUUAAGAUCAUAAGCCUAGCUUUCAAGUGUAAUCACAGUUGUUGUGAUAACCGCACUGUGUCUCAAGGUAGGCUGGAUUAGUUGCUAUAUAGUUUGGUUCGUGGGACGUGUAAUCACUCAUAAUGAAACAGUUAAGGUGAAAGUCGACAAUUAACUGCUGAUACAGUGGCUGUGGAUAGCGCUUGUCAGUGCCCCGACGCGUGUUUCGCCACUUUGGCUCAUCAGAGGGGAGAUGAGCCGGAGUGGUGAAACACGCGUCAGGGGCACUGACAAGCGUUAUCCACACCCACUGUAUCAGCAGUUAGUUGUUGACUUUCACCUUAACUGUUUCAUUAUGAGUGAUUACACGUCCCACGAACCAAACUGUAUAGCAACCAGUCCAUACAUAUUAUUGGCAGGACCUUUUGCCCAAAUGGUGGAGUACCACCCACCGUUUAAAUUUCCAUUCUCUUUCUUUUCCAUACCCUGGUCCCAGCCCAUGUAGGGCUUUUACUCCUUAGGAUACUACAUUAUACUCCUAUUUCGCCUGACUUUCGAUCUAGUGUUGUCCAUAUUAAAAAUUCAGUUUGACUCUCUUCUGGACGCAGAAGCACCAUCUAGUGUACGUAAUCCCGCAAUGUAAACCUCUCUAAAGACUGUGACAGUGAACGAAAUGGCAAAGACAUUUACCAAGACCACUUCAUUGAGAUGAAGUGUUCUGGGUGCUUAUAGUAAGAAAAUAAACUACAAAGAAGCACAAUUACCUCAAUAUGAUUUAGAAAAAUCGAUAAAACAAUAAAUACACAUAUAGCCUAUAUUCAAAAGGUCCUUUUUGAACAUGCUUAAAGGAACACACAAACACGUUUAGAUUAAAUUUGAUUCUUCUAUCAUUUAAGAUUAAGAUUUUUCUGUCAUUAAAGAAACACUCUGGUCACCAUAACAACUUCAUCUAAAUUAAGUUGUGAUGGUGCCAGGAAGUACCCCGGCACACUCUUGCCUUAAGGGGUUAAACCAUUCUCGAAUGGGAUAAGCCUAAAGUUCGAUUCCAGUGCCAAUCUGAACAACAGGGGUUUCAUUUCUCCUGCUCUUGGUCAGUAUACCUUUUUUAAUAGGUUUUUGCAUUUAGCACUUUACUUACAUUAUGUUUUUGGUAUUAUAGCUGGUUUAGCACUAUACUAGUGCUGGUUUAGCACUAUACUAUGCACUUUCUCUCUGCUAUAAUAUCUUGUUGUAUUUUCUAUGCAUGAAUAAAUACUCUUUUUAUGUGCAAUGCCGUGGUGUGCCUUGGGAUCAUUUCUUAUUUUUUUUAUUACAUGUAUAUAUCUGGUAUGGGAACAGAUUCUCUUCCUUUAAGAACACCCUGUACCUUAUAAACCACACACUUACCACCCAUUUUUCAGUAGAGCUCUUCCUGUAAUUUUAUGUUUGUAUACCAAUCUGAACAUCCCUGAGGCGACAUCCAGCUUCUGACUCUCCGGUACAGGGAGCGUGGAGUGCCGUCUGGCAGGGAUGCUGCAGAUUGGCUAAGAGCGAUCUAAGCCAAUCUGUCACCCAUUGAUAAAAAACAAACUUACCUUUUUUUUUUAAAUCUAAGCUAGUGAUUGGCUUAGAGCAUCAGUUGACCGCUGUAAGCCAAUCAGCAGUGACCCUGGCCGACGGCACUCAGUGCUUCCUGUCCCUGAGAUUCCGAAACUGGAUGCUGCCUGGGUAAUUUGCAGAUUGGCACUGGAGGUAAACUUUGGAGUUUAACCAUUCAAGAAUGGUUUAACCCCUUUACUGUAUGAGUGCACCUAUUUAGAUGAAGUUGUUAUGGUCCUUAAGGACCAAACUUCUGGAAUAAAAGGGAAUCAUGACAUGUCACACAUGUCAUGUGUCCUUAAGGGGUUAAACACUACUUUUCUGUGGAAAGGCAGUGUUUACAUUAAAGCCUAAGGACACCUCAAAUAGCUGUUAUUCAGAGAUCCACUAAAGGUGCUUCCUAUUAUGGUCCUGCAAUUUGUGCAGGACUGAUGUUCAGUGUCCACCAGCUCUGCAUGAUGUCGCUGAUUUCUUCCCAUAGGCAUGUAUUGGUAUAAUGCAUCUUUAUGAGAUGCUGAUUGGAGCAGCACGGUGAUUGCGGCGAAUGUGCAAUACGCUCCGCAAUACGUCAUCAAUGAGGUAAUCAAUAUAUAGGCAAGAGAGGGGCAGAGGACAGGAGACUUAAAGGUUCACAGGAAUGGAAUUGUGAAUUAUGGGGACAAUCUGUCAUGUGGUUGGCAACAAUAGAUCUGGGAGCGACCAUUAUGCAGGAGGUAUACAAGCAGCCACAAAGAUUGGCAAUGUUAUUUCUGGACCAGUUAUGCUGAUAAUGACCCACUCUGGGACCUAUGUGGCCUAUUUUACCUUGAACUAAACCUGUUAUUGGGUUCUGCGUGACCGAAAGGCUCUACAUAUUAGAGACCUUCGAGUCUCUCUUUGUUUACUUUAUUUACGUGUUGAAAAACAAUAAAAUAUUAUUCACACAAAAAAAAAACCAAAAAGGCAAGAGAUGCUUAGAAGUCCCUCCAAGAUUAGAAAUACAUUUUUGUAGUACUCCGUGAACAACGACACGUGUUAAAAGUCCAGUCUUCAGUAAAUACUGUCUUUUGAAUUGUGAUCACAUUAGCAUUACCUGUUAAAUACUUGCAGUGAAUUAUAAUCAGGGUGUGAACUGUAAAAAUAAGUGAUUUAUUUCAAUUAUUCCCUAGAUUCUCCAUAUGAGACAAUAGGAGUCUAACAACAUCUAUUAUAAUAAGGCUUAAUUUAUUUUAAAGUGGAAUUGUCAUGUCUCUGGAACUUACACCAUUGAAUAAAAUAUUGAAAAUCACCUAUAACUUAUUUCAAGAAACACACUUUUUUUUUUAAAGAUUUUUUUUUUUUACAAUUACAUCAUUAUAUAGUUCAGACAAGGCAAAGUCAGGGCAAACAUUCCUAAUGAAUUAAACAUAAUAUGAAAAAUCCUGGGGAGUGGCCGUACCCCUUUAAGAAAGAAAAAAAGAUUUAUGACUUUUGAAUGAUCAAGAACUGAAUGAUAAAUAUAUAAUUCUUCUCUAGAACCAUCGUCAAUGUAACUUUUGCUAAAUUACUCUGUGACAUAGAAUCUGUAAUUACGUGCAAUGGAAGGACUAUGACUCUCUCCCAUCACUGUCUAGGAAACUGUUGUGCUAAGUGCUCCCUGUUUAACACAGUUUGAUUUCAUGUUACAUUUUAACGAUGUUUUCCUUGUGAAUUUCCUCCUUGCCGGAUUGUUGUGUAUAUCUGCUCUCUCAGGGUUACAGUAACACAAUUUCACUUUCAACUGCUAAUGGUUUAGAGAAUAAUAUUAUCCGUGACAUAGGAGACACUCAGACUGAGAUCCCAAACUAACAUAACAAAAAAUAACUCAAUGCCUCUGGGACAGACUGUAAAAUAGCAAAGGAAGAAUCUUAUAGAGCCCAAGGAUGUGGAAGUCAAACAGGUAACAGGAUUAGGAACAUUUCAGUACUGUUUCUAAAGGAACACUCCUCUCACCAUAACCACGACAGCAUGAUGUCGUCAUUAUGGUGCCAGCCCCCCAUAUUGUAAGUAGUCAUUCCAUUUUUGAACAGUUUGAAUUCUUACCUGUGCCUCUCCAUGUCUCUACUACUUCAGACAGACAGCUGGAAGCUCUCUGUCUAAGCUAAGCUUGGCAGACCAUUGCUUAGCUUAUUGGUGGAUAGAGUUCAGCUGAUGGCUCUCCCUUAGUAGUAGUGGAGGCAGGGAGCAGGUAAAAGUCAAACUGUUUUAAAAUGUUUAGCCUACUCGCAAUCAGGGCCAGCGCGUCCAUAAGACGGUACAAGCGGCUGCCUGAGGGCGCCAGAGCAACAGGGUUAAAAAAAUCCCAAACCUUGGCCCCUGACCAGGUGCUCGAAUUUUUUAAAUACCUGCAGCCUACCUCACUCACCUUGCUUCACUGAAGCAGUCCACGCACACCAGAAUGGUGGUGGAGUUGGCGGACCUCUUCUGAUGAUGUCAGGAGGAGUGUUUGACUUCCACUGCUCUUUCCCAGACUCCCCAGCAGUCAUUGACUUUGUCUCCAGGUUCUAUCAUUCCAGUGGUGUUCGCAGCCACUCUAGAAGAAGAUCCAGUUCCAGCACUGACUCCUCAGUGAGCUGCAGAAUGCGGCCGAGUCGGCCACCCACUCUAUGAAAUAUGAUAACCUGGCUGCCCUUUCCCUCAGUCAAUCUAUUCACCAGGUCAUGUGGACAGCCCUGCAGACCUGGAUCAAGCUAGCCACAGGCUACACAUACAGUAUUCUGCUCUCCAUUGCCUUGGAGAGCUGGGCAGCCAGCUUGGAGAGCCUCCCUACAUUUUUGACAGCCUCUCCACUGUCCUGCAUAUAGCACUUUAUUGAGCUCGAGGCUGCCAAGGCACUUGCCUUGAGCGGCACUUUCAAAAACCCCGACAAAAACCUUGUCAGCCUCGGGUGGCCCAAGAUCUGCCCGGUUGGCUACCUUGGGGCCCUCAAGAUGGUCAGCUGCUCUUUUUGUAGGUGGGCAACAAGGGAGCUAAUCUCACUCAUGCUCCCCACAGUGAUGCCAGAGCCGGAAUAUGAAGUCACUCUGGUUCCCGGCAGCACUAAGUGGCACGCAAAGUUGCUAAGCAGGAAGGUCAGAGCUCCUUCGUCGCGUGCACUGACUACCCGUCUGGUAGUGAAAGGAUCUCCACUGGACCCCAUGGAAAGUGGCAGGGAGGUUGGGUGAAUUGAAAUUAUAUAAAAAAAAUAUUUGUGAGUGUGUCAGUAUCAGUGUGUUUGUUUGUUAGUGAGAGUGUAUAUGUGUCUGUGAGUAUGUGUGUGCGUGUCUGCCAGUGAGUGUGUAUGUGUGUCUGUCAGUGAAUGUGUAUGUCUGUCAGGGAAUGUGUGUGUGUCUGUCAGUGAGUGUGUGUGUCUGUCAGUGAGUGUAUGUGUGUCAGUCAGUAAAUGUGUGUGCGUGUGUGUGUGUCUGUCAGGAAUUGUUUAUGUGUUUCUGUCAGUGAACGUGUGUGUGCCUGUCAGUGAGUGUGUAUAUUGGUCUGUUAGUGAGUGUCUAUGUGUGUCUGCCAGUGAAUGUGUGUCUGUCAGUGAGCGUGUAUGUGUUUCUGUCAGUAAGUGUCUUGGGCGGCACUUUCAAACGCCCAGACAAAAACCUUGUCAGCCUCGGGGGGCCCAAGAACUGGCCGGCUGUGGUCAGCUGCUCAUUUUGUAGGUGGGCGGCAAGGGAGUGCUGUCCUCUGAGUUAUGCUAAUCUCACUUACGCGCCCCGCAGUGAUGCCAUAGCUGGAAUAUGUAGAAACUUUGGUUCCCGGCAUCACUAAGUGGCACGCAAAGUAGCUAAGAAUGAAGGUCAGAGUGCCCUCGUCGCACGCACUGACUGCCCGAGCGUAGUGAAAGGAUCCCCACUGGAACCCAGGGAAAGCGGUAGGGAGGCUGGGUGGAUUGAAAUAAAACAUUUUUUAAUUAUGAGUGUGUCAGUAUCAGUGUGUGUGUCUGUCAAUGAGUGUGUGUUUGUCAGUGACUGUGUGUGUGUGUCUGUCACUGAGAGUGUGUGUCUGUCAGUGAGUGUGUAUGUGUGUCUGUCAGUGAAUGUGUAUGUCUGUCAGUGAAUGUGUGUCUGUCAGUGAGUGUAUGUGUGCCAGUCAGUGAAUUUGUGUGUGUAUGUGUGUGCAUGUGUCUGAUACUGAGUGUGUGUGUGUCUGUCGGGAAUUGUUUAUGUGUUUCUGUCAGUGAAUGUGUGUAUGUGUGCCUGUCCGUGAGUGUGUAUAUCGGUCUGUCAGUGAGUGUGUAUGUGUGUCUGUCAGUGAGUGUGUGUGUAUGUGUGUCUGUCAGUGAGUGUCUGUCAGAGACUGUGUGUGUGUGUGUGUCAGUUGACUGUGUGGUCAAACAGUGCUGGUUAAACAGUGUGUGCCAAUGACUGUGUAUCUGUCAGUGAGUGUAUGUCAGUGUUUGUAUCUGUGACGGCGUGUGUCUGUCAGUCAAAGAGCAUGUUGGUCUUAAACAGAGAGAGGUGUGGCCUUGACAGGAAGAGGUGGGGCAAAUUUAGAUGGCAGCACAAAACUAAAGUACACUACUGACUGCAACCACCUGACAGCACUAGCAGCAAAGGGUGAAUUUGAUCAUUUUUAAAUAUACCCUCUGCCCCUUAUCCCUGUGCCUGUCAGGGCAUUAGGGGGGCAGGGUGACAGGGGGCUAGAGGCUCCCAUUGCCUGUCACUCUGUUCCCCUAAAUCCCCUAUCUCCUUCAGGCUUUGUCCCUCUGCCCCCCAUGUCCCGCUCACUCUUUGUCAUCAUGUCCCACAAGCCCUGUUUCACUUGGUCCCCUUAAUACCUGUCCCCUAGCCCUGGUUCACUCUGAUUGACUAAUCCCAUGUCUCUGUAGCCCUGUUUGCCACUCUAUCUGCCUAAUCCCAUGUCUUUCUAGCCAUGUGUCACUCUGUCCCCACCCUGUGUCAGUCUGUCACCAUAAUUCCUUAUACCCCUAAUCCUUUGUCAGUCUGUCUGGUGGGCAGGGUGUUUAAUGUUUAAGUUUGAAAUACCUGACUAUAAAUUUCACUUUUAAAGGCGCAGUAAAUGUGUCUGUAAUUUAGUAAAACAUUUUAUUUUCAGUUGAACAUUUUUAAAUGAUUUUGUGAAAAUGCAUGAUAGAUGGGAAUGGAAAUCACAACAUGACACAUGUGACCUGAGCCACUGUAUGAUCAUGUCUUAAAAGCUAGGAACUAGUAGUUACAUGUUAACUAGUCUCUGCUGCCAUAUGAGUUUUUUUACUGUAAUUUUUUUUUUUACAGGGGGAAGGAGAGAUGCCGCCAUUUUCUGAUAAAUCAGUUAACAAAUGGGUCGUUGGUUGUAUCGGGCGAUAACUAUUCCCACAGCAGUCUACCAGCACUUAUCAGUUAUUACCAAUCAGCACCUUUUGAACCUUUUGGAGAGAAACUAACUCAGUGUUAUGUAAAGGUAUGUUCUAAAACCCACCAAUAUUAUUAUUACUAUCACCAUUAUAUACAUAUAUACAAACAUGUUCCGCAAUGCUUUAUAACUGGUGUGAUGCUCACGCCUGCAUCUAAUCACACCUGAGAUCAAUGGCCUUAGGUGCGUGACUUGAUGAUGUUAACCAACCUAUUAUUAAAUAAUAAUAUUAUAAAUAAUAAAAAUAAUAAUGCCUAUACAAGGCUGGAUUUAUAUUAUAAUCACCUGUACACACAGAACAUUAUUUCAUCAUUCUAGUGACGUGGGUCAUUGGGUCGUGUUUAAACCCAGACCACAAUCACGCCUGUACCCUGUCGUGGUCUUUCUGGUUACCGACUUUAUGCUUGUAUUGUUACUUGACUGAUUUCUGUUUUCCCAGCCCUGACUUGUCUACUGUAUAGUUGAUCCUCUGUUUUCCUUAGACAGCCGUGUGAUCCUGACUAUUCUAUUUCUGAUCUUGUAUGUUAAGGCCGCCCACCUCUAAGGAUCUGUAAUACGUUACUUUCCUCAUUUAUCUGACUAACGUAGGUUUGCUAUUUGCUAACAUGAGAAUUCAGAAGUGGAUUAAAAAAGCGAAUUUCAAAUUUAAUUCCAAAAUGGUUUAACUAGAAAAAUUCUUCAAGUCAAUUAUGUUUCCAUUUUGGCUAUUUUGGAAUUCAUGUUAAGUUUACUUAGUGUCAUUCACUAAAUUGAUAAAUCAUAGUGAAUACAAUGUGAAUUUUAUAUUUAAAGGGUUAAUCCAACCAUAUGUAAUUAUUUGAGGUGGUCAUGGUGGCCGGAGUCUGUAUGUCUAGUGUUUCAGCUUCAAAUGAUGCACGUAUAGAGCAAUCGGCACUUUGUGCUGGGGUCUAGUUGGACAUCUAGCACAAGUGACUAAGACAGCCCAGAACUCUGUUCCGAGAUUCCCAAUGUCAAUUCUGUGCGAGAAUCAUGUCUGUAUUGAUUACAUGAGCUACUCCCUUGAGCUACUCCCUUGCAGGCAGUGUGGCUUUGCUCUCCCGUCCAUAUCUCCUCCUGCAUUUCUUGUUUCGAAAAAAAAAUGCCCUACACGUAAUUGCUCAUAGCGUGCACAGGUGCUCAGAGCUGGUGCAACAGGCAAGUCAAAUGCUUCUCUUUGAUUGGACGACACAUGAAGUUGUGGAGAACAGAGCUGGGGUGGGAACUCCUUACGAAUGUCCAAUAGGGCAUUGUACAUUAAAAAAGGGGAAGACUUACAUUUAGAGUAACACUUUACUAUCCAAAUAGCGUAAGUCAGCUAUUCUUUCAGUUUGCCUAUUCUGACUGUAAGUUUGAAAUUUGAUUUAAAUCUCACUUUGUUGUAGGUUUCCCAUAGUCCCCCAUUUUUGUAAGUGGUUAUUGUAGGUAUCCCAUAGGGAGAAGCAGUAAUUAUAUGUUUCCCACUGGAGGAUAAAGUUGCCUAUGUAAACUUCCAUUGAUUGUUGAUUAGUGCCCAGCAUAGCAGUGGUUCAGAACCUUUUUUGGGCCAACACACACUUUAAUGAAAAAAAAAUCUUUUAUAAAUGUCAAAUUUUCUUGAAGACUGAUCGAGAGUAUGCUUACUUCUAACCAAAGUUACGCAAUAGUUUUAACUAAUUGACAGUUGAAAAUCCCAUUUUUAAUUGAUAAACAACAAAGAGAGAACAGUGUUUCUAUAAGCAGCUAGAGUAAUGAUAUAAACAACUACAAUUGCCUAAUAAUAAACAUACACAGCUAAAAUGGAAAUUUCAAUAGCAGUAACAAUUAAGAAUAUAAAUAUACACCUCGUGCAACAAAGUAUCAAGACGGAAACAAUAUAUAUUACAGCAACUACCUAGGAUGAACUAGAGAACAGAGUAAAUGUACUUUCAUAAAAGAACGAAAUGAAAACUAGGAGCAUUGCUGGCAUUUGUUAAAAGCACAUUUUAAGACUACACACACCCCAGAAGUCUGCUCAGAGUCUCGAGCCAAUACCAUACAGUACAGGAGAAUGAUUUUUGAUCUACUAAGUAUGGGACCUUUUGCUUGAUUUUACAAAUUAAGAGUGGUUCAAGAAUCAAUAAUACAGACUAAUUGCAAGAUGGGGGAGGUGGGUAUUUUUUUCUGUAAAUUGAUUUUUACAGUAUAUUUACUGAAGGAUAUAAUAUGUAGACAGGGUUAUUUGCUAAGGUGAGGAUUGUUGGAACUGGAAGGUCAAAAUAGUGAAACUAGGCUCCCAGUUUGGCUAAUUCACUUUGAAUUCUCGACAAUUCUCACUGUAGUAAAUAACCCUGACAAAGUAUAUUAGAAAAAAUGCUAAUGUGAUGAGGUAUAUUAUGUGAAAGUGUAGGAAAAAAACAAAGGCCAAAUAGUAGUUCCCACAAUGGAGAUAGGAGUUAAAGGUACGUUGGGCAUUCGGUCUAUGCUUGGAUGAGUGGUAACUUACAACAAUGGGACGAAUGUUGGGAAGAUCACUUGAAGCUCACAGAUUGUACGUGAUUCUGUGUAGAGAGCAGCAGAAAACAACCACAACUCAAAAUUUGAAGCCCUCUGCUGCUAGAGAGGCCUAAUUGUUACUUGCCAUGUCAAGCCUUGAGGGUCCAUGAGACAAGCUCACCAGGGGUGAAUGUCUACUUUCCAGGGAAGAAUUUUCAAGCACCAGUGGCUAGUGGGUGAGUGGAAAUUUUGAGCCCUGACGUAGAACUUUAUCACAGUGUUAAAUAGUUACAGGAUUAUUAACACAAGUAUUUGUCAUUGGACAGAUACAUGCUUGAGAAUUAAAUGACGAUAAACACAAUCAUCUGUGGUAGAAUCCAAUGUCAUCAAACCGAAAUACUGUUUUGGUAUGUUUCUUAGCACGCCUACCUUAACUAAUGUAAUUUUUCAUUUACGAUUUUAUUCCCUUUAAUAAGAUAAAUAACUUGUUUAAUAAAAUAUAUUAUAGGAUAUUUGGUGUAAAAAUCAUUCCGUGAAGAUGUUCUGCAAUAUUACCCAAUUUGAGAAGCAAGUUACAUAUUUCAAGUCUUACUGUAGUGUGUCCUUGUCAAGUAGAAUCUACAGAAAAACAGUUUGGUAAUGAAUGAGUUUCUUGUUCUACAGUUUUCUGACUACAACAGAUAUGAUGAAAUUAGUCCAGCAACAGAGGAACAGAAGAAAUUGGAUAGUACCAAACAUGAAAAUAGCCAAAUGAAGAUCCAAAAUAGCCAGGUUAAAAACAUUCGGUCCACAGCUCAGGUAGGAUAUUCAUGCAUUUUUUUGGUGCUGAGUUGUGACCAGAGAUACAUUUCACAUUAGUCUUUAUCUUUAGGGCAACUUGCCUUGACUUUGACUACUGUUCUACUAAGGUUCCUAAAAUGUAAUGAAAAAACAUCUAACCGCCGGAUACUAAUUGAUAAUCCAUCUAGUGGAUCCAUCCUGAUAAUUUUAACUUAUGCCUCUUCUCCGUUGAUUUGAUUCCCUAUGUCACUGUUUUGUUUCUGAGAUACUAUCUAAAGCUCCUUCCAGUAGAACCCUUUGCCAAAAAUUUGUGCAUGUGCCUUACACUACUGACUGCAACCACCUGACAGCACUAGCAGCAAGGGGUGAAUUUGAUCAUUUUUAAAUAUACCCUCUGCCCCUUAUCCCUGUGCCUGUCAGGGCAUUAGGGGAGCAGGGUGACAGGGGGCUAGAGGCUCUCAUUGCCUGUCACUCUGUUCCCCUAAAUCCCCUAUCUCCUUCAGCCUUUGUCCCUCUGCCCCCCAUGUCUCUCUCACCCUUUGUCAUUAUGUCCCAAAAGCCCUGUUUCACUUGGUCCCCCUAACACCUGUCCCCUAGCCCUGGUUCACUCUGAUUGACUAAUCCCAUGUCUCUGUAGCCCUGUUGUGCCACUCUAUCUGCCCAAUCUCAUGUCUUUCUAGCCAUGUGUCACUGUGUCUCCACGCUGUGUCAGUCUGUCACCAUAAUUCCUUAUACCCCUAAUCCUUUGUCAGUCUGUCUGGUGGGCAGGGUGUUUAAUGUUUAAGUUUGAAAUACCUGGCUAUAAAUUUCACUUCUAAACAUAGAAACAUAGAAUGUGACGGCAGAUAAGAACCAUUCGGACCAUCUAGUCUGCCCAAUUUUCUAAAUACUUUCAUUAGUCCUUGGCCUUAUCUUAUAGUUAGGAUAGCCUUAUGCCUAUCCCACACAUGCUUAAACUCCUUCACUGUGUUAACCUCUACCACUUCAGCUGGAAGGCUAUUCCAUGCAUCCACUACCCUCUCAGUAAAGUAAUACUUCCUGAUAUUAUUUUUAAACCUUUGCCCCUCUAAUUUAUCCUCUUGUUGUGGUAGUUUUUAUUCUUUUAAAUAUAGUCUCCUCCUUUACUGUGCUGAUUCCCUUUAUGUAUUUAAAUGUUUCUAUCAUAUCCCCCCUGUCUCGUCUUUCCUCCAAGUAAUACAUCUAUCAUUAUAUAGAAUUAUCAUCUCCACAUCAAUUAUUUGCAGCAGUGGGCAAUAUGCACAAUAUGUCUGUUUAAAUAGAUACUACAGGCACCAAAGCAACUUUAACUUAAUUAAGUGCUUUUGUUGUAUAGAUUAUACCCGUGCAGUGUAUCUAUGCACAAUUAUUUGCCAUUUAGGAGUUAAAUCAAUUUGUUUAUGCACUUCCAGUUUUACCUGCCCUGGCUGAGACUUACACAGUCUCCAUGAAAAACAGGAACUUUAAUCACACACAGGAGGCUCCAAAUGGAUCUAACAUGUUAUUAACAGAACACGAGAUAAGAAAUUCUAAAUUAAACAGACUGCGCAACAAGUGAGAAAGGCAUAAAGAGUUUGGAAGACAAAGCCAGUCGAGGAGUGAGGGAAUGAGACAUUAUGUAUCAGUUUCUUGACACAUUUUCUCACCACAUAAGUGCAAUUUUUACUUUGUUUAUUUUUUUGUUUAUUCAGGUAUAACAAAGAUUUUGUUUUGAUCUGUGUUUUAGGGCUGUGCACCACCACUACCAGAAAGAAAAGGCAAUCAAUACAAAGAGGAAGAGAAGAAUAUAUAUGCUGCCUUGCCUAAGAAAUACCACCCGGACCCUAGUAAAUCAGCAUUAGCAACUAAAUAUCCAGAGGAAAUGGUAAAAGAAGGGAUGUAUUCUCAAAGUAACAAAACAAAUGUUGUCUACUCUCUCGCCAAGGAGACACAAAUGAGUCAAAACAAUUUUGUGAAGACUAGUACUCCACAAGUAUUGUAUUCUCAGGUUAUGUUGGACAAGGGUUUGCCUUCAGCUUUAGGACAUCUACAGAGCAAUCCAAAUCAGGAAAUGACAUCUUUAGGGACAAUGUCUCCAAAGUCUAAUAUGAAGGAAAUUUCACAGUAUAAAGUUAUGGAGAUGAAAUUUGCAUCAUCACUUCAAUGCACUGACAUGAUAAACACAUUUAGCAAUGAAGCAUCUAAGAACUAUCUUCUGGCUGAUGGGGUGGAAAUGCCCGGAAGAUCAUUCUUGCAUUCUGCCACCGUUGCUCAAGCUGGUCUUUCCAAUACUUAUGAACAGAUACCCUAUUGUACCAUAAAACACAUGGGUGACCAAAUUUCAAAUAUUUCCGUUUCCUGCACCACCUAUGAUCAGAUAACAACUCAAACGUCGAAAGAGCUGGUGACUGGAAACAUGUACGAGAAAGUCCCUCUGCAAAACUCAUCAAAUGACAACACAUAUGAAAUGGUUACCAGGAGUUUUUCGAAGCCCCCAGGGAAAAAGCCAAAUGUGGUUAAUAAGGUAAAUGUAUUUUUUUAAACUAACAUUUUUACAAUAUUUACUUAAAGGGUUACUCCAAGCACGCAUAGCAUGCUGGCGACAGAUGAUCAAUGGCGACAUGCCUCCCUAUGUGCCACCAAGUUCCUCCCUCAACCCAUCCUAUAUAUAUAGUUACAUAUAUAUAUAUAUAUAUAUAUAUAUAUAUUUGUGCUCGGAAUUUAAAUACGUGAUGGAUAGUAACUGUGAGCAAAGUUGGUUGUGGUGUGCCGAAACCAACGUACGAGUGGGCCUGUAAAUAAAAGAGGGCCCACCAAGGAUAAUGUAGUUAAAACAGGGUGUAGGUGGGUGGGGACAAUCAGCUGAGCGGCAGCGGUGAGUAGGGGCUGGGAGCUUAAGUAGGGGACUUACUCCUCCCACAAAUUCAGGCCUAAUGGCCUUUCUACUUGUGCUCGGAAUUUAAAUACGUGAUGGAUAGUAACUGUGAGCAAAGUUGGUUGUGGUGUGCCGAAACCAACGUACGAGUGGGCCUGUAAAUAAAAGAGGGCAAAAAGAUAAAUUCGAGAAAAUACACACUUUAUUGCAUUUUACAAGACCAAGUUUCUGAAAGCUUGGCGAAGCUCUUUCUCUGGUUGCGGAAUAUAUGCGUUAUAUAUGGAGGAUUUCCAUCGCCCGAGCCUUUUGAUGAUGUGGACCGGUGCGUUUGUGCUUGAGGCUGCUGAGGCGGCUCCUAUGCGGAAGGAGUGCCCGGAGAAUGCAGCCGGAUUGUGUCCGAGCUUGGAUAACAGGGUUCUGACAUGUGACAUUAAUUUUGCCGUGGUAAGCGGGUGCCCUUGUAAUGUUAAGAGCGGAGAGUCUGGCAGGUGAGUGCGAAAAGUAGACCGUAGUUGGUCGAGAACUUUCACCGGACACCAGGCAUUAUCAGUAGGGAAGAGAGGAAUUAUAGUAGGAUGUAUUGACCGGUUGGUUUUAGUGGUAGGGAUAGAGAGGAGGUAGUGAUCCUCUACCUUGGUGAGGUGUGAAGUUUUAAGGCAUGUGCGAUAUCUCCUUGACAAAUCACUGUGAACUCUCUAGGUCUGAGAAAACCGUAGAAAGCGAGAUAUAUGGCAGAUUUUAUCACCGUAUUGGUGUAGCUAUCAAAUGGGGCUGUGUCAAGGAGAUUGCUAAGAGACCUGAAGAUAGGCCCGUCUAUGGGUAAUCUAGUGCUUGCGAGUGGUGGUGAAACCUUAGAUAGUGAUAAGCACUCACGGUCUUAUAAGGUUAAAACACAAAUACAAUAUGUGCUGGCACUCAAUCACGUCUUAGGUGCAGGUAUUCGAGGUUAAACCCAGUAAAGCCUCAUAAUAUUGAAAAACAAAUAAAUAUUAAUACCUCACUCAAGUCAUAUAUAUGACAAAUAUCAAUAACAAACGUUAAUAAUAAUGCAAUAAAUUUAUUAUUCCCUAUAAUAUAUAAUGAAUUCAAACCGUGUAAUAGAAAAUAGUAUUUAUGGAGGGUUUUGCAAUUAUUUGUAAAUAGCUACUGUACAUAUGAUGAAAUGAAUGCAACUGUAUAUACGAUGAAAUCAAUCUAUGAAAACCAACUGUAAUCAUUAAUAUAUUUUUCAAAAGUAGGUUAAGGGAAUAAUAAAUUUAUUGCAUUAUUAUUAACGUUUGUUAUUGAUAUUUGUCAUAUAUAUGACUUGAGUGCGGUAUUCAUAUUUAUUUGUUAUAAGGUUAAAAGUUCAAAGUUUAUUGUAAAUCCAUUAAAAUACGAUUAUAUAUAUAUAUGAAACAGGGGGCUGCACUCACCUGAACAUGCAUAAAUGGGGUGCUGCUGGGGGACAAUUUAUAUAAUACACAAGAUCCAGUGCACUCACCUAUCCACUAAACAGCAACUUCAAUGUUGACAGAUUUUAUUUUUUUUAAUUUUUUUUUAAACUAAUCUAGGCAAAAAUAUAUAUAUUUAACAUUAUUCUAAGUGUAUUUUAAUAUUAAUAAUUAUAUAGAUCAAUAUUAAAAUACACGUUUAAUAAUGAUUUAUGUAUGUGUAUAUAGAAGUACUUAGAUCAUAUAUAUAUAUAUACAGUUGCAAGAAAAAGUAUGUGAACCCUUUGGAAUGAUAUGGAUUUUUGCACAAAUUGGUCAUACAAUGUGAUCUGAUCAUCAUCUAAGCCACAACAAUAGACAAUCACAGUCUGCUUAAACUAAUAAACACACAAAGAAUGAAAUGUUGCCAUGUUUUUAUUGAACAUGUAAACAUUCACAGUGCAGGUGGGAAAAGUAUGUGAAAAGCAGACUGUGAUUGUCUAUUGUUGUGACUUAGAUGAUGAUCAGAUCACAUUUUAUGACCAAUUUGUGCAGAAAUCCAUAUCAUUCCAAAGGGUUCACAUACUUUUUCUUGCAACUGUAUAUAUAUAUAUAUAUAUAUAUAUGUACAUAUAUAUAUAUAUAUAUAUAUAUAUAUGAUCUAAGUACUUUUAUUUACUCUUCUAAACUUUUAUUUAAGUUUUAGAAACUUUGUAAAACUUUUCUGCAUGCAUUAGAGGGACUGCCUGACAGCUCAGGCAGGCCCCCUGCAGGCACUGCACAAGCUGACUAUUCCGGCAAUGUGAUCAUGAGGACCCCACGAUCACAUGGCACGGGAGACCCGGAUUGGGCAGUGGUGGUCUGCCUGAUCUCCCAGACAGAACCCAGGAUCGCAAUCGCCGGCGGGGGAUCGCCAGCAAUCAGGUAAGUGCCGAUUUACUAUCGGACGUACCUUGUACGUCCGAGGUCGGGAAGGGGUCAAAGAAGUUACUAUAGGCACCAUGGCCAGUUCAGCACUUUUAAAUGCUCUACACACCGAGUUUAACUGCCAUAGGUGUAACACCACCUCCAUCAGUGUCAUUGGCACAUCAUUAGCCAGCCUUGAAUUUUAGGCUCUUCUGGGAUGGCUAAUAUCAAUUUUGUGCAUACUAGAUGUCUUAUGUCAGCAUGCACAGCAUAGUGGUGAAAUGUUUGCCAAAGUCACACAACCCUCCCCUCCGUACUGCCCAUGUCCUCCCUCAGGACAUCCUCCGAAAGCUGGGGGAGAGACGUCAGCAGUCGACGAUUGGGCUGGGUUAGAAUUUGGCCCCUACGCUGUAAAUGAGGUACAUUUAUGUUUUAUUUUUUGGGAGUUGGGGACAGUAUUGGAAAGGUUAGGGUGUCCGAGAGUUCCGGAUUAGUAAUUGAUAAUUCUGUGCAAAUUUUGAUGCACAGAAUCUAAUUAUUGGCUGAGAGUAGUCAGCUGAUUCUCUCAGCCAACGUAUGAGAAGCAUGAUCAGAAUCCGGCUUCUGCAUGUCAUUAAUCCUGUUUUACAAGACCCUAGGCGCCAAGCAUGACUAGGUAGGAGGGUUAACUUUUGUUAACGGCAUCAGAGUAGUUCUAACAUCAUAACCACUACCAGGCUGACUGGUUAUGAUGGUUGGAGUAAUCCUUUUAUAAGGAGGUCAUGGGAACUCCCGUUAUCAUGCACAUUAUCCCUAACAAUAUUUGCAUUUUCUGUGCGAAACACAUCCACCAAGGCAGAAAUCAUACUUGAUGAAGUCUACCUCCCAUAGCAAAGGAUGUUAAAGGAAGAAAUUAAUUAAGUUUCCAUGAAUUUAAUUACUUUUAAUAAAAUUGAGUCUUUUGUACACUAUCCAUGCAAUGCCUGUACUUUCUAUCAUUUAUUAAUAAUAGGUAGGUAGGGGUUUAUUUUUUGGGGGAUGGGGUGACUAGGGGUUUGGGGACCCCUAGUCACCUGGGCGGGAGGGGGGUUAAAUUUGUAUUUAGCGGCCCCACGCUCAGGGGUGGGGGCCGGGGGGAGGACAUUAGGUCCCCCCCUUAUUCUUGUUUAGGGCCCUCACCCACUGCUCAGGGGUGGGGGCCAAGGGGGAGAACAUUAGGCCCUUAUUCUAGUUUAGGGCCCCCACCCACCGCUCAGGGGUGGGGACAGGGGGGAGGACAUUAGGUCCCCCCCCCAAUUUGUAUUUAGGGCCCACACCCACCGCUCAGGGGUGGGGGCCAGGGGGGAGGACAUUAGGUACCCCCCUUUAUUCUUAUUUAGGGCCCCCACCCACCGCUCAGGAGUGGGGGCCGGUGGGGAGGACAAUAGGUCCUCCCCCCCCUUUUCACUUUAGGGCCCCCACCCGCCACUCAGGGGUGGGGGCCAGGGGGGCAAUAGGUUUUUUUUUUAAAAAAAAUUUAACAGUGAGCAGCCACUGUUUAAUAGACAUGCCCCUACUCACAAUAUAGCGAGUAGGGGCAUAAUUUACUAAUACUAAGUAAUCUUUACUUAGUAUUAGUAAAUUUGGCUGAAAGACUAAUUCAGGUAAUUCAGCCUUUUAGUAGCUAGCUCUCUAAUACCGUGGGAAUUAGGGAGUUAUCUACUUAUUCAUUCCUGUCAUUACUUUGACUGGCCAAGUAACUUACAUUUUAUAUGAAUGUGUGUUACUUGAUUGUUGUAAGUGUUGCAAACGCUUAAAGCUGAAUGCUGGCUAUGUUUGUAUACCUUUUAUUUAAAAUUGUAUACAAUGUAACAUUCUUCUUCUUUCACUGGGUAAGUAUAUUAGUACUUAGGCAAUACUGUGCUUUGGAACUUUGGCACUUUGACACCUCGGAACUUCGGCAACUUCGGCACUUCAGCAAUUCGGCACUUCGGAAAUUUGGUAAUUUCGGCAAUUCGGGACUUCGGCAAUUCAGCUAUUCGGACAUUCGAAGCACCCGAAUGUCCGAAUUACCCGAAAUUCGGCUGAAUUUUAAUUCGGACCGAAACGAAUUGCACAUGUCUAAUAAUAAAUAUCUUUACAGUAUAUAGCCAUUAUCAUGGGUAUAUCUACUUAAAUAACCUUCUAUGAUUGUACUUGCAAUGACAUAACCAUUAGUCCUAUUUGUACACAUCGCAAGCAAGGCUAACUGAUGUUUAUUGAAUCUCGCUACUUUCUUCACAGAAUGAAAAACAGAAAAGAUUCUUUUUUGCUGAGAAGAAGAAAUAGUGCCAUUAAAUGAAGAUAUAGGAUUUAGAGCUAAG